UGGCGAUUGGACAGACGCUCGACUGACCCCGCCCCUCACACGCCGUACGGCCGUGAUCAAAGAAAGUUCUGCAGCGAAACAUGAGUAACGGGGCCUGACCCCGCCGCUCAUGUGAGUCCCAGUUUCCAUCCGGCAGAGCUCUGCUGGCUGAACUCUGGCUGAACUAUUUCCUACACCGAAAAUCAGACCUGAGUGCAGACAGCAGUUCCUGCUCUCGGCUGAAAGGAGGGCACAGAAGUGGUAAUGAAUGAAUUAAGAGCUGAGCUGGGAAACCGCAACAGUGAGAGGACAGUUUUGGAGUUCAGUUCAGUUCAGGCAGAGUUCCUGGACUAUGAGGACACAGCCAGGUUACACAAGCUGCUGAUUAGCCAGAUAAUUAAUUAUUGGGAGCUCUCUAACGAGGGUAAAGGGCUGACUGAGGACUUCUGUGUAAUGAGGCUCUGGAGAGGGGCUGCGCAGAGGCAGGGCAGGAAGCUAUCUCCUCAUCGAUCGAGUUAAUUAUCUGGCCGGUUAGUUGCGAUAAUGAGGCUGGCAGGCACAACCUGGGACUCCACGCACAGCAACAAGAACUGUCGUCGGGACAGAGCUUUUUUCAUCCAAGACUGACAUAACAUUUACAAAAACAAAAUGAUAAUUACAUAAAUUACAGUCCUUUAGUGAAAGGAGAAAAUCACAAGAACCAUUCCGAACGAAAGGAGCCAUUUGGCCUGUCUUAUCCAUUUGCUGUUGAGAAGCUUAUUGACCCCUGGAUCACAUCCAGCUGUUCCCGAAAGAAGCCAGGGUAUUGGGCAGCUUGUUCCAGACCCCCACCACCCUUAGGGUAAAGGAUUCCUACUUUUCUCUCCCCUGUAGUUGAACUGCUCGUUCUGGAGAAGCCUGCCGGGUGGAAUGGGAGUCUGACACCAGUGUCAGGUCUCCUCCUCUGCGGAGGAAAAGGCUCAGUGCCUGCUGCCCAUCAGUGUAGGACGAUCCCCUCAGCCCCAUCUGGAUGGAUGCCAGAGCAGCAAUAACUUUUGUUUAACAUGGUGACCAAAAUUCUACAAAAUAAUCUAAAUGGGACCAUUACUUGUGCAUUGUGCAAUUUUCACAUACAGUAAGACCCUUGAUUGUUGGCGUUGUCACGGCUUCAAGACUAGGGAGCUACUUGCUGUAGGUCCACGUCUGGCCCCCGGUUGGCGCACAGCUCUCCUCCCUGCCUGCGGAAGGAUCCUCUCCAGCUCCUCCUGAGACACUUCGACCUGCAGACCUGUCUCUGACAGACACCGGCUCUUCAAACCUCAGUGUCAGUGGGAAACGUGCCCGAGCGCAGGACGCAACACUGUGUAUGUGAGAGACAUCCCCAACACUCCUGGUGCACAGGAUGCGACAAUGGGAAGACAGACCCACUGAGUCCAGGCUGGAGUGAAAACCUGGGGAACAGCCACGCCCCAGGAGCAGGAGUGAAUGUCAGUGAUGUCCAGAUAUCCCCAAUCCUGGAGGACACUGUGCUGGGUUUAUUCCAGCUGGGCUCUGCAUCUCCAGGGCUGAACUGAUCUGCCUGCUGCUUUAGUCCUGUGUUUACCUUCUUCGCUUGGUCUGAAGCAUGCAGAAUAGUGCACAGCCUCUCCUCAGACUGCUGGCUGGGCGCUGUGUCUGGUGGGAGCUCUCAGUAGCUGAUCUGUUGAAGAAGAACAGACACAGGUGGGAAUAACACUCUAUCAGACACACCCUUCUUUCUUUCUGCAAGGGUCCAGGGGAGUACACUUCAGGCAGCACACCUGGAGAAGGGUAGUUCUGAAAAUCAGAAACUUCUGAAAGAGCUGAAACAGGUUUACAAAUAAGGCUCUUUCUGUUACUCCAUGAUCAGGCUUGGGAACUGCUGCUGUAGAUCGUUGUACAAUCACAGGCACAGCAGCUCCUCCUGCCUGUGUGUCUGCUGGUGUCCCAGUUUGGCCCAGUAAUGAUCUACUUUCCAGUAAACCUGCAGAUACGCUGGCCCUCUGGGACCAGGAUCUGGGAGGAGUUGUAGUGUCCAGUGCUGUACCCUGUGCUGGAUCCUGGCGGGCACGUUGUUGGACUCACUCUGAUGGCAGGACGUUGCCAUGGGAGCAGUGCCCCGCAGGUGGGUGUCCCUGUGCCUGCCCAGGUGAGAGAGCAAUGAGCUGGUUGCCGGGGAACUGAUGUGGGGAUGAAAUGGGGCAUAAGGAGGUGACAUAUCAGCAGUGAGGGGCAGUUCAGUCAGACACACAGAGCCAGAGCACUGUACUGACACAGGCAGCCUGGCAGGGGACAGGCACGCGUGCAGGAGCCUCUGAACGCAGACGGGAUCCACUGCCCGGGCUGGACCGGACCCAGAAACCCGGGCUGGGCUGUUCUCUCCAGCCAGCGGCUGUUGUCCCGGCUCACGGCUGAGUGAAGCUCUGGGAGUGUAGGGACAGCCCUCCGCCACUGUGCCAGAGGCCCCAGGAUGGCACAGGUCCUGCCGGUCGAUGCCAUCCUGUUCGGGGUGCUGGUCCUGUCGGGCAUUGUGGGGAACGUACUGGUCAUCUGUGCGGUGGUUCAGUCGGUCCUGCAGAACUCCUUGCUCAGGAUUCCUCCCUCCGACCUGAUCCUGGCCAACCUGUCGCUGGCCAACCUGCUGACCUCCUUCUUCCGCACCGUCCCCAUCUUCGUCUCGGACCUGGGGCUGGAGGUGUCGCUGGCGCCGGGCUGGUGCCGGCUCUUCAUGUUCCUGUGGGUGUGGUGGCGGGCCGUGGGGUGCUGGGCCACGCUGGGGCUGAGCCUGUUCCACUGGGCCAUGCUGCGGCGCCACUCCUUCAUGUCCGGCCUGCAGGCGCACCGGGCCGAGCUGCGGCGCGUGUGCGUGGCCCUGGCGCUGGUGUGGGCACUCAACUUCGCCUACUCCCUCCCAGCGCUCGUGUACUCCACCCACUCGCGCGGCAACACCACUGUGGAGCUCAUGGUGAUCAGCUGCACCACACGCCCCCUGCUGGGCUGCGUCUGGGAGUUCCCCUCCGAGGUCCAGGGCAUCGCCUUCGCCACCGCCUCGCUGGUGGUGAACGAGCUGGUGCCCCUGGUGCUCAUGGUGGGCACCAACCUGGCGUCGCUCUGUGUGCUGCGGCGCCACAUCCACACGGUGGCCGGGGCCAACAUGGAGCUGCAGGGCCACAUGGCCUCGGAGCGCAGGGCCAGCCACGUCAUCCUGGUGCUGGUAACGCUGUUCGUCACCUGCUGGGGGCUGCAGGUCACCGCCGUGACCCACUACAACUACAACCGUGGGCGCCAGGCCGAGACCCUGCUCACCGUUUCGCACUUCGCAGCCUCCGUCUUCGUGGGCUUCAGCCCCCUGGUGGUGGCCCUGGGGCACAGCAAGCUGCGGGGGAGGCUGCGGCGCAUGCUCAGGCUGCACUGCGGCAGGAGGGAGGGGCCAGGGGGAGAGGACGUGGGGGACAGGGAAAGAGACAGAGAAGCAGCGACCAAAACUCCUACUACCACAAGGACCUGCAGAGACAAGAGCUGAGCCCAACAAAGAACCCCCUGAGCCAGCUGGUCCUGAGACUCACUGGCCCGAGCCACACCGACACCAGCCAGCCUCAGGACAGCACUGCUAGAGCACCACGACUCAGACUCAACCACA